UCCGGUUGGAGACGUGGCUCGAGGCCGCCAUCUUGGCAAGAGGCGAAGCGGCUGGCUCUCCUGUCAGGGGGGCAGCAGGUCCGGAGCGGCCGGUGCUCCCCUUCCCCCGACCCCAGCCCUAGCUGCAGUGGCGCCGGAGCGCGGGUGCGCCCCACCACCGCCGUCGCCAUGGUGCUGUUGGCAGCAGCAGUCUGCACAAAAGCAGGAAAGGCUAUUGUUUCUCGACAGUUUGUAGAGAUGACCCGAACUCGGAUUGAGGGCUUGUUAGCAGCUUUUCCAAAGCUCAUGAACACUGGAAAACAACACACAUUUGUUGAAACAGAGAGUGUCAGAUAUGUUUACCAGCCUAUGGAGAAACUGUACAUGGUACUGAUCACUACCAAAAACAGCAACAUCUUAGAAGAUCUGGAGACCCUAAGGCUCUUCUCAAGAGUGAUUCCUGAAUAUUGCCGAGCCUUAGAAGAGAAUGAAAUAUCUGAGCACUGUUUUGAUUUGAUUUUUGCAUUUGAUGAAAUUGUUGCCCUGGGAUACCGGGAGAAUGUUAACCUGGCACAGAUCAGAACCUUCACAGAAAUGGAUUCUCAUGAGGAGAAGGUGUUCAGAGCAGUCAGAGAGACUCAAGAACGUGAAGCCAAGGCUGAGAUGCGGCGUAAAGCAAAAGAAUUACAACAGGCCCGAAGAGAUGCAGAGAGACAGGGCAAAAAAGCACCAGGAUUUGGGGGAUUUGGAAGCUCCACAGUGUCUGGAGGUAGCACAGCUGCUAUGAUCACAGAGACCAUCAUUGAAACUGAUAAACCAAAAGUGGCACCUGCACCAGCCAGGCCUUCAGGCCCUAGCAAGGCUUUGAAACUGGGAGCCAAAGGAAAGGAAGUAGAUAACUUUGUUGACAAAUUGAAAUCUGAAGGUGAAACUAUCAUGUCCUCCAGUACGGGCAAGCGUACCUCUGAAGCAACCAAAGUGCAUGCUCCACCCAUUAAUAUGGAGAGUGUGCACAUGAAGAUUGAGGAAAAGAUCACACUAAGCUGUGGACGAGAUGGAGGAUUACAGAAUAUGGAGUUGCAUGGCAUGAUCAUGCUUAGGAUCUCAGAUGAUAAAUUUGGCCGAAUUCGUCUUCAUGUGGAAAAUGAAGACAAGAAAGGGGUGCAGCUACAGACCCAUCCAAAUGUGGAUAAAAAACUUUUCACUGCAGAAUCUCUAAUUGGCUUGAAGAACCCAGAGAAGUCAUUUCCAGUCAGUAGUGACGUUGGGGUGCUAAAGUGGAGACUACAAACCACAGAGGAGUCUUUUAUUCCACUGACAAUUAAUUGCUGGCCCUCAGAAAGUGGAAAUGGUUGUGAUGUCAACAUAGAGUAUGAGCUACAAGAAGAUAAUUUAGAACUGAAUGAUGUGGUUAUCACCAUCCCACUCCCAUCUGGUGUCGGCGCACCGGUGAUUGGUGAGAUUGAUGGUGAAUAUCGACAUGACAGUCGACGAAAUACCUUGGAGUGGUGCCUGCCAGUGAUUGAUGCCAAAAAUAAGAGUGGCAGCCUUGAGUUCAGCAUUGCUGGGCAGCCCAAUGAUUUCUUCCCUGUUCAAGUCUCCUUCAUCUCCAAAAAAAAUUACUGUAACAUACAGGUUACCAAAGUGACCCAGGUAGAUGGAAACAGCCCUGUAAGGUUUUCCACAGAGACCACUUUCCUAGUGGAUAAGUAUGAAAUUCUGUAAUACCAAGAAGAGGGAACCGAAAAGGAAAAUUUUCAAAUUAAUAAAGAAGAAGCCAACAGUGGCUGAAGAGUUUUGUCCAAACCUGCAAGCCAUUGGAGACCCUUUUUUUCAAAUACAGUGCACGAUUCUCUGAGCGCAAGGACCCUCAACUCACCCUCAGUGUUUCAGUGUCACAGAGACAUUCUCUGGCAAAGAAAUGACACAAACAUAAAGGGAAAGGCUGCUGAUUUCUUUGGCAGAGUUUACUGGCCAGCAGGAAAGCAAGCUCUCCAGGGAAUGCCCCCAGUUAAACACUUUGUCCCCCAUCACCUAAGUUGUUUUUUAUUUUAAUCCCUAAAUAUAUUUCAUACUUUGUUUUUAAAAAGUUUUCUCUGCAGAAGGUUUUAAUCUUUCAUACUCCUUUCCUUUACCUUCAGUUUUUUUCUUUCUAUAUAUCCAAUCCAGCACUGAGAUCAUCUGCAUAUAGGCACUGUAUUUGGCACUCCGGGAACAGGUUGAUCUAAUCCAUUCUUGAUUUCUGGACUAUGCAGGUGAACUGCUUGAGGGGUAGGGGGUCUAGAAGUUAAAAGAUAAGGAUGCCUUAUGUCCUUUUCCUAUAUCUAUUCAUCCCUCCAUUCCUUUGCCAGGCUGUUUUCCUUGCAGGCUUGUUGCUCUGGUUUAGAACACUAGUGUGAAUCCCACUUGUGUCAAUAUUAAAGACAGCUGAGAAGCAGCUUUCAAAUGGUAUAGCCCCCACUUCAAGGUGUCUGGGAGGAGAAUGGUCAUGUCCAGUUAGGGAUUUCACACCCACAGGUAAUCAUGUCUGCUGCUGGUGCUACCCAGCCUUCCAUUCUCCAUAUUUUGGGUACUUCAGCUAAAACAUGAUAGCUAAUGGUCUUUGUAAUCCAUUCACAUUCCUGAGAUUCACCACCUCCCUCUUCCUGAAUGUUCUCUAUGUCAUCAGUUUUUUCCUUUCUAUCAGACGUGAGGUUAUGAUUUUGGAGGCUGUAGGUUCAGUGAGUCUUUGUGCCAAUCCCAUUGGUCCUGAACUAUCAAGGAGCCUCCAUUUUCACCACCAAGUUUUUAGCAUUUCAAGAUCCAGCUGAUUAUAUUGCUGUGUAGGCAUUGAUAUACUCCAUUCUAGCCUGCCCAGCAUUUUUUCAGCAGCCUUUCUGUUCCUGUGUCUGAAAUCCUUCCUUUUUCUCCCCUAAGCCUUUUCUGUUUAGUGUCGUCAUGUAAUGGUUGUUUCUCCGCCCCAUCUCAUCCAUUACUUCUUCAAUGGAGAAGACUACAUCAGCCAGCCCAGCGUUGGCUUUUAACCCAGUAUUGCACUGGGAGUUGGUGGAGUUGCUGCCAGGCUGCAGCCACAGACAGGGGGAAGAGACAGAUGACAGUAGAUGACCUCCUGCACUUUCAGCUGGUUGGAGAGUACGACUCCCACUCUGAACAACAUCUGGCCUUCCCUGCAAAGAGUGUACUGUAAUUGAAGCAGAGCAGUCACACACAAAUGGCCAUGGAUGGAAUUGUUUGCCAAAGAAAUUUCUGGCCUUUCCCUUUCCCUUAACUGCAUCAGGGAAGAAUCCUUAUCUCUAGCUUGGUUUCCACAUAAGGUUUUUUUGAAGAAGGGGACUGGAACAAAAAAUCUGUCAUGUAGUUAAGUAGACAAGAAAUCUUAUUAAUUCAGUUUUGUUUGAGAGUUGCUUGUCCAUAUGAUUUUUUUAAAGUGAAGUUUAGUUUCACAAAAACUUUUUUUUCUAAAAUUACUUUUGGGGUAAUAUUUAAAAUGAGAGAAGUUUUGUAACCCUGUAAAAUACAUAGGGAAUAUAACAUUCCAGUGUACACAAAGAAGGCAAAUUCUUUAAUCAAAUAAAAAGUAUUAUAAAAUGAAUGUU